AUGAUUCUUGAGCACAUUGUCCCCCACUCUUUCCGCAACGCAGCACUGCUGUUUCUCUCCGGGAUUCUGCUUCAUCUCGUGUUAAAUAAAUACGGCCGAAGAUUGAAUCGAGUGCCGGGGCCAUGGCUUGCAGGUUUCACAGACAUAUGGAGACUGUUCAUAGCCCGAGGGCGCCGAGCCCAAGAGGUACACCUUGAUUUGCAUGAAAGAUACGGCCCCGUUGUUAGGCUAGGCCCUCGAGCCGUGUCUGUGGCAGAUCCCGAGGCUAUAAAAAUUAUUUACAGCGCAGGCUCAGGAUUUCUUAAAACAAGCUUCUAUCCAGUGCAACAGGCCCUCGCCAAGGGCAGGAGAUUGGAAACCAUGUUUAAUACAGCCAACGAGGAAUACCAUGCAAGGCUUCGUAGGUCAGUAUCGAAUGCAUAUGCGAUGAGCACGCUGGUGAACUUUGAACCAUUUGUCGAUUCAACCACGACCGAGUUCCUGAAGCAACUAAAGCUUCGAUAUGCAAACCAAUCGGGGAACGAGGGUGUUUGUGACUUCGGGGCUUGGCUGCAGUAUUAUGCGUUCGAUGUGAUUGGGGAGUUGACCUACUCAAAGAGAUUGGGGUUCGUGGAACAGGGCGUUGAUAUUGGAAAUAUAAUCCGAGAUCUGGAAGCUUUCUUGGACUACGUGGCGUGGGUUGGCCAAAUUCCUUUCCUUGACCGUUUACUCAAGAAGAAUCCGGUUACGAUUUGGAUGGCACAACACGGGUUGCUCAACGCAAGUAAUCCAGUAGCAGAAUUUGCCAAAAAGCACAUUGCAGAACGUCAACGUGAGGAGGAGUCUGGUGACGCGAAAGCAGCGGGGCAGGCUCCAAGGAGAGACUUUUUGAACCGAUUCAAGGAAGCCCGAGCCAAGAACCCUGACUUUAUAACUGAACAGCUUGUCUUAGCCCUUACCGUUGCGAACAUGUUUGCAGGCUCUGAUACAACUGGGAUAACAAUGCGAGCUGUUUUCUACUUCCUGUUGAAGAACCCCUCAACAAUGGAAAGGUUGCUUGCGGAGCUUUCUGAGGAAAGCAGGAAUGGAAGAUUCGCGAGACAUGACGGCCUUGUUCAGUGGGAUGAAGUCAGAACACUCCCGUACCUUGGCGCCGUUAUUAACGAAGCACUGCGCUGCCAUCCUGCUGUCGGACUGACGCUUGAAAGGCUUGUUCCACCAGAGGGGGUUACUAUAUCAGGCCAUUUCUUGCCCGGUGGCACGAUUGUUGGUUGCUCAGCAUGGGUUCUUCAUCGAGAUGAAGGAACAUUUGGCUCUGACGCAUCAAAAUUCCGCCCUGAAAGAUGGAUUGAAGCCAGUUCAGAACAACGUCAGAAGAUGAACAACGCACUGUUCUCAUUUGGUGCAGGAGCUAGAACCUGCAUUGGCAAGAACAUUUCCUUGCUCGAGCUUUACAAGCUUGUGCCAGCUGUACUGCGGACAUUCGAGAUUGAGCUCGUGGAUCCAGAGGCUACCUGGAACCUUCACAAUGCGUGGUUUGUUAGGCAAAAGGGCUUUAAUGUCCGGCUCAAAGAGAGAGAGACAAUUAUCUGA